CGGAUAUCAUCACCAGGCCUAUGGCUCGUAGCUGCCGUGCUAGCAUGCAGCAGCAGUCUCGCGCGCGGCGCCGCUCUGCCCGACUCGCCCAGCCAGCUCCAACGGACACACAUUAUUAGCAAUGAACAAGCGGCGCCACCCGCUUCCAGCACCUCAGCACCUAACAGCAUCAGCAUCGCAACAACGUGCUUGGCUGCGAGCGCGGUGCAGACCGGCAGCCAGCACACGGGGCUAGAGAGCGGGACGCCGGGGAUCCAUGCGGGGCUGGCGAACUCGUCGACGUGCGUCUCUAUAUCACUGCAAAUCUGUGACCGAAGGCAAUGAACCACUGACUGACCACACUACUACUCACAGCGACGCGGCAAACUUCAUCAACUUCUGCGCGGGGCAGACCCUAACCAACGGGCGGCAGAACGGCAACGGGUCGUGCAACGGGAUCCCGAUGGGGCGGCUGCCGGCGGCAGACAACAUGAUCUCGGCGCUGAUCACGGCGCCGCAGCCGGGCGACGCGGUGACCGCGCACGCAACAUUCACAGUACGCAUCCAGACGCGCAACCUGCGGGCGGGGUUCCUGGCGAACCCGGGCGCGACGUACUACUCGGCGCCGCAAGAUCUCGACGAGCGCGGGCGCGUGCUCGGGCACUGCCACGUCGUCAUCCAGGACAUUGGCAGCCUGCGCGCGACGGCUGCGCCGGACCCGGCCGCCUUUGUUUUCUUCACUGGUGUGGAUGAUGCGGGCGACGGCGGGGGUCUGUUGCGGGCUGCGGUCCCCGGCGGACUGCCUCCGGGCGCGUACCGCGUGUGCUCCAUGAUUGCGGCGCGCAAUCACCAGCCCGUCACCAUGCCGGUUGCGCAGCGCGGCGCGCAGGACGAUUGUACCAAGUUUGAGGUUGUGGGGAGCUGAAGAUGUGGGAUGGAUUUUGGAUAGGAAAUGCGGGAAAAAAAUUGAAUCACCAAAAGUUAAUGGAAACUCAAAUGAAACUCAAACAGAAAGAUAAAACCCUGACUGGUAAGUACCAAUAAAAAUGGUGAGUUGAGGUGAAAAAAGAAAAAAAAAUUAGCCUCUCCCGCCGGGAAUUGAACCCGGGUCCCGAGC